AUCAUGGGGUGAUUGUCUUAGCAAUAUUUUCUUAAAGAAAGGAGAACUACUUUAGAAGAGAGGGCUGACUAGAUUGUUCGGAGUGUGUUAGUUUUAUACCCCUAUCACAUACUCCAGUUAUAAAAAUAAAACAAUAUAUCCUAGCAUAGCCAUCACUACCAUUGGAAUGGGUUAGUUCAUUUCCUCAAGAAAGAAACGCUGCUACCAAAUGAUGUCGAUCCAGUGACAACAGCUUGGGACGUUCAAACGGCAUGAAGGAAUAUAUGGACUGGAUAAAUACAUCAAAAACAAGUCCCGUGUUGUUCGUUUGUUUCUGGUUUUCUUUUCAUUAUGUUGUCGGUGAAUUUCAACCACUUCAUGGAAUGAUGCUUCAUGAUGUGUGCGCACCUUCUGUGUGUACACAUCUACAACUCCAAAUGAGGACUCACCCCAAACAAUGGAAAUUAUUUCUUCCUGCAUAAUCAUACUUACAUAACGCACUUAAUACGUGUUUUCAGAGGUUGAACUAGUUUGGUGUCAGUGCGUUACCCAUGAUGUAGGUACAAAAUGGUUUUUACACCAUUCACUGGUGUAGAUAACCACCGCAGAUGUGUUACAUUUGCAGCUGGUCUCCUGCGCAGAGAAGAUGUUCCUUCAUACAUGUGGUUGUUCAAUCGCUUUCUUGAUGCUAUGGGUCAUGCCCCGCAAUGCAUAAUCAGUGACCAAGACGCUUCUAUGGCUAUUGAUAUCCCAGAGGUAUUCCCAAAGAUAAUCCAUCGUCUCUGUAUGUGGCAUAUUACGAACAAGAUUACGACCAAAGUUGACAAUGAACUUGCCAAAGAUUAGGUCUUCUUCACAAGGCUAAACUCCGUGAUAUGGAAUCAUUACCUCGAGCCUGAUGAGUGGGAAAAACAAUGGCAUGAGGUAUUAGUUGAUUAUGAGUUGGAUUCCGAUUCAUGGUUUUGUAAUCUUUUUGCUAUUCGUAAAAGCUGGAUUCCUGCAUACUUUAGAGAUUUGUUCAUGAUUGGUUUACUACGCACAACAUCACGAUCUGAGAGCGAGAAUACUUUUUUUUGGUGAUUUCAAAAACAACUUCUUCACUCUUGUUGAGUUUUAUAUGCAAUUUCAUGG